GCAGCACCGUCCCACCUCUGCCACCCUCCGAUGGGGCCGCUACCUGUGUGCCUGCCAGUCAUGCUGCUCCUGCUGCUGCCGUCGCUGCUGCUGCUGCUGCUUGGACCUGGCCUCGGGUCCGGCGAGGCCUCCAGGACAUUACAUGUGCACCGGCGUGGGAUCCUGGAACUGACAGGAACUGUGGGUUGUGUUGGUCCCCGAACCCCCAUCGCCUAUAUGAAAUAUGGUUGCUUUUGUGGCUUGGGAGGCCAUGGCCAGCCCCGCGAUGCCAUUGACUGGUGA